AUGGCGGAAGAUGGCACAACCGCGGGAGGUCGAGGCAUCCGCAUUGCCAUCGACCGCGGUGGCACUUUCACUGACUGCGUCGGUAACCCUGGCUCGGGAAAGAUGGAGGACGACGUGGUCAUCAAGUUGCUGUCGGAGGAUCCCGAAAAUUAUGAUGAUGCUCCACUUGAAGGCAUUCGGCGACUUUUGUCUCGAUUCUUGAACAAAGAAAUUCCACGCGGUGAGCCGCUCGACACUAGCAAGAUCGAGAGUAUCCGCAUGGGCACUACCGUUGCCACCAACGCACUAUUGGAACGACGCGGAGAGAACAUUGCUAUGGUCGUAACGAAAGGGUUCAAAGACUGUCUUGAGAUCGGCACGCAACAACGACCCAAGAUCUUUGACUUGGCUAUUCGAAAGCCAGAAACACUCUACAAGCAAGUUGUAGAGAUCGACGAGCGAGUCACGCUUGAAGACUAUGCAGAAGACCCAAAGAGAAACAAGACCGAGAUCCGAACGGACGAAGGAGCAGAUGAGGGCGCUGAGCUGGUUCAAGGCUUGAGCGGCGAGACGGUCAGAAUUCUGAAAAGGCCUGAUGCUGCGACAAUCAUGGAACAACUACGAAAGGUGUUUGAUUCAGGCUUGAAAAGUAUUGCGGUAUGUCUCACGCAUGGCUACACAUAUCCUUAUCAUGAGGCCUUGAUUGGAAAGAUCGCAAAAGAGAUUGGAUUCGAGCAUGUCUCUUUAUCUCACGAGCUCAUGCCAAUGAUCAAAUUGGUUCCAAGAGCUACGUCAGCUUGUGCUGAUGCAUAUCUGACACCUGCGAUCCGGAAAUACAUAGACGGAUUCUCCAAGGGAUUCGAGGGCGGGCUGGGAUCUGAGAGUGUGAAGCGAGAGGCGGGCGCCAAAGGAGCUCGCUGCGAGUUUAUGCAGUCAGACGGUGGUCUUGUUGACGUAGGAAUUUUUAGUGGUUUGCGAGCCAUCCUCUCCGGACCUGCUGGCGGUGUAGUUGGAUAUGCACUCACGAGCUACGAUCCGGAGACUAAAACGCCCGUCAUAGGUUUCGAUAUGGGAGGAACAAGCACAGACGUCAGUCGAUACGGUAAUGGACGAUAUGAACACGUCUUCGAGACCACCACAGCCGGGGUCACGAUUCAAAGUCCUCAACUCGACAUCAAUACCGUUGCUGCAGGCGGUGGCUCCCGACUAUUUUUUCGGAAUGGAUUGUUCGUUGUCGGGCCUGAGAGCGCUGGUGCACAUCCAGGACCAGCUUGCUAUCGAAAGGGAGGCCCGCUCACCAUCACGGAUGCGAACUUAACGCUUGGAAGAUUGUUACCUGAGUUCUUUCCCAAGAUUUUUGGAAAGAAUGAAAACGAAGGACUAGACGAGGAAGCAAGCGCAGCAGCAUUUCAAGAACUCACCCGGCAGAUCAAUAAAGAGAUUACCAGCGAGGGAGAAAAGGAAAUGAGUUCUGAUGAGGUCGCAUUCGGCUUUAUCAAAAUCGCCAAUGAGACAAUGACCCGACCGAUUCGAUCACUGACGGAAGCUAGAGGCCAUGACACUAGCAAGCACCGCCUUGCUACCUUUGGUGGUGCCGGCGGACAGCACGCCGUGGCCAUCGCAGAGGCUCUGGGUAUCAGUCAAAUCUUGAUCCAUCGUUAUUCUUCUGUUUUGUCUGCUUAUGGCAUGGCUCUUGCGGACGUGGUUGAUGAGCGUCAAGAGCCAGAAUCGAAAGUGUGGUCAGAUACGGAUGCCGACGUUCGGACAUACCUCCAGGGGAAGAUGGAAGACCUCAAAAAGAAAUCCAGUGCUACACUGAACAAUCAGGGUUUCAACGACGACCAGAUUCGGUUUGAAGAAUAUCUCAAUAUGCGCUAUCGAGGAACAGAAUCGGCUCUCAUGAUCGUCAAACCUGACGCAGAAGAGACCAAGAACGAGUAUAGUGGAGAUGAGUGGGCAUAUGGUCAGGCGUUCGUGAAGCAGCACGAACAAGAGUUUGGUUUCACUCUGCCUAAUCGCGAUAUUAUUGUGGAUGAUGUGCGAGUUCGCGGUAUCGGGAAGACUUUCGAGGGUCUCGAAAAGACUGUGGAUCAACAACUGAAAGAAGUGAAAGCAAAAAUCCUGGCGAAAGGAGAGAAGGUCCACGGCACCAAGUCCGUAUAUUUCGAAGGCGGGCGGCAAGAGACCAAUAUUUACAAGCUGGAAGAUCUUGCCAUUGGCGAUCGGCUACUCGGCCCAGCUAUUAUCGCUGACGGUACUCAGACUGUUGUCGUGACUCCGAAAGCUUCUGCUUUGAUCAUCCAUACUCACAUUGUGAUCAACAUCGGCGAAGCUACCGAAACGAGCAACAAGAUUAGCACACAGAAGGUUGAUCCUAUCAUGCUCAGUAUUUUUGCACAUCGUUUUAUGGCAAUCGCAGAACAGAUGGGCAGGGCAUUACAGAAGACUAGUGUGAGCACCAAUGUCAAGGAACGCCUGGACUACUCCUGUGCACUCUUCGACGCAAACGGAGGUCUCGUCGCCAAUGCACCUCAUCUUCCUGUACAUUUGGGCAGCAUGUCUACUUGUGUGAAGAAACAAGCUGCCAUCUGGCAAGGAAAGUUGAAGCGGGGAGACGUCCUGGUCUCGAAUCAUCCCAUGUUCGGUGGUACUCAUCUGCCGGACAUCACUGUCGUUACGCCGGCAUUCGACGGUGAUGAAAUCGUAUUCUACGUCGCAUCUAGAGCUCACCACGCUGAUAUUGGAGGAAUCUUGCCUGGCUCAAUGCCUCCGCAUUCGCGGGAAUUGAUUCAAGAGGGUGCGCGUAUUGAGUCUGAAAAGCUGGUUUCUGAAGGACACUUCAAUGAGGAACGGAUUAUCGAGAUUUUGCUGAAAGAGCCGGCUAAGUAUCCGGGCUGCAGCGGUACAAGAUGCCUGAGCGACAAUCUCAAUGACCUAAAGGCACAGAUUGCAGCAAACCAAAAGGGCAUCAAUCUCAUCUCGACUCUUAUUGAGGACUAUGGUGGUGACGUAGUCCAGUUCUACAUGAAGAACAUCCAGGAGAAUGCAGAGCUCAGUGUUCGAAGCCUUCUGAAGGAAGUCAGCAAGCGCUUUGAAGGCCAGGAAUUAUUUGCCAUCGACUACAUGGACGAUGGAAGCCCGAUCCAGCUAAAGGUCACCAUCGACGCCGAGAAGGGCGAAGCGAUAUUUGAUUUUGACGGCACAGGCCCUGAGGUAUACGCAAACACCAACGCUCCUGAAGCCAUCACAUACAGUGCGAUCAUUUAUUGCUUGCGCUGCCUCAUCAGUGAAGACAUUCCACUCAAUCAGGGUUGUCUCAAGCCAAUCGACGUCCGCAUCCCCAAGAACUCCUUUCUCUCGCCAUCAGGGACAGCAGCUGUUGUCGGCGGCAACGUUCUGACCUCCCAACGUGUCACUGAUGUCGUUCUCAAAGCUUUCCAGGCGUGUGCUGCAAGCCAGGGGUGCUGCAACAAUCUGACGUUCGGCUUCGGCGGAAAUGUCGAGGGCGAAGAAGAAGUCCAAGGAUUUGGUUACUACGAGACCAUCGCUGGUGGCUCAGGUGCAGGACCAACAUGGGAUGGCACCAACGGCGUGCAUGUGCACAUGACUAAUACGCGUAUCACAGACGCCGAGGUUUUCGAGCGGCGUUACCCGGUCAUCCUGCGAGAUUUCUCACUGCGUGCAGGCAGCCAUGGGAAUGGCCAACACCGCGGUGGCGAUGGCGUCAUUCGUGACAUUGAGUUCCGUAUUCCGAUGCAAGUAAGCAUCCUCAGUGAGAGGAGAGUGUAUCGACCUUAUGGAUUGGAGGGUGGCGAGGACGCAGCGUGUGGGAAAAACAUAUGGGCUCGACACGUUGAGGAGAUUGAGAACAGUGACAACGAUGUCAAGGGAGAGGACACCAGCAUCGCAGAACAGCUGGGCCAAACGACAAACCUCAGCUCAGGCGGUGCUUCCAAUGUGCGCUAUAUCAACGUCGGUGCGAAGAACACAAUGAGCAUGAAGCCUGGCGAGCGUAUCAUUGUCAUGACUCCAGGAGGUGGCGGCUGGGGCAAAGCCGGGGAGGAGAGCAAAUCAACGCAGCAGAGUCGUCAAGAUCCUCGCCAUGCCUGGAAGGGCGGCAGUCUUGCAAGUCGGGCGUCGGAGGCCGAGGCGAGUUCGUAG